AUGAUCAACCCGCCGAUGGUGCACGGCGUCGCCACCCCGGACACGACUCUGCGGCCGCACGUCGGCCUGCUCGCGGCGGCCCGGGGCGACGGCGUCGUGUGCCUGUACGAUGGGGACCUCGGCCAGCGGACCUCGAGGCGGGCGAAGAAGAGGGGCACGUCCAGGUCUCAGGGCGCGGCUGCCGAGCCGGCGGGCCCGCGCCUGCACGCCGCGGACGACGGACGUAUCGCUGUGCUCAGCUCGCCCGGCGCGGGGGGGCACACGCGGGCCGCGUCGUGCGUUGCGUUCCUGCCCGGUGCUGGCGAGGCCGACGCGGCGCCGUGGGUGGUGUCCGGGGGCGAGGACCGGCAGGUGCUGGCGUGGGACUGCAGUGCGGUGGUCGCGGACGCGUGCGCGGGCCCGCCAGGCGAGGCCAGUUUUGGGGGGUUGGUGCCUCACGUGCGCGGCAAGGCCAGGGGGAAGGUCAACUGGGUGGGCGGUUCGGUGGGCGCGGACGGGCGCAUACGCGUCGUUGUGUGCACCACGGCGAGCGCCGUCGAAGUGCUGACGGCGAGGUGA